CGCGAGACUUUCCAUCCCGCGGUGUUAGCCUUUUUUCUUAUCGUGACAUUGAGUAGCAGUGAAACCCGGCGUCGCUCGACGGGCUGCCUCAUUUUGUUUUCGCUUCCAAUCGAACCGGAUUAUUGAUGACAUCAAAGUCGAAAGUGCAGAACAAGGGGACGCGGAUGCCGGCGGAGGCGGCGGCGGCCGGGCUGCAGCAGUGCCGGCUGGCUCAGGAUCAGCUGCAGGAGGCGAUCGGCAGCGUGACGAAGGCAGAGCAGCAGCUCCGAGAAAACUGCCGCGAGGUGCGUUCGGAGCUGCAGAGCUGUGUGAGCCGCCAGCAGGAGGCGCUGCGCUGCAGGGAGGUGUGGCUGCUGGGUCAGAUCGACCUGCUGGAGACGCUGAAGACGGAGACCCUGCAGCAGCAGCUGCACCAGCUGCACUGGCUCCGGGGGCAGUUUGAUGUGAUGGUCCACCAGCUGGAGAACUCCAACAGCAGCCACCUGACCAACCAGCUGACCAGCUGCAUGGACAAGCUGGCGUCUCUCAGUCUGACACCAGAAGAAACUCCAGAGCUGAGCUUCCAGGCCGACACUCGCUCUCUGAGACAGGCCAUCACCUCGUUCGGCAGCAUCACCUCCCAGCAGACAGAGGGUGUGGCCUGUCAGAGCCCCGCCCCCAGCCCCGCCCACCAGAGAGCCUGGAUGCAGAGCUGCCCUGUGACCAAGAGACAGGUGAGCUGUCAGAAAAUGGAGGCCGGCCCUCUGAGCGACUGGCUGCUGGGGCCCCGCCCCGCCAGCAGCACCCCUAUUGGCUACCAGUCCAGCAAGAACCCUCAGGAUUGGCUGAUGGCACACAGGGAGGUCCAGGCCUCCUGUCCCGUGCGGGCCUCCUUUGACUUCCUGAAGGCAUGGGGUCAGCUCAGGGACUUGGAGGCGUGGCUUCUGCAGGAGAACACACCUGUGGUCCGGGAGAGAGCCGUCAGCAGCUCCUCCUCCUCCUCCUCCUCCUUCUCCAUCGAGAAGAUCGACGAAUCAGAGUUCGUUAUGGAGGAGGAGGGGGAGGGGGAGGCCAGCGACCUAAGUGACUGGCUCAUCACCCCGGCGACCGGCUCUGAGGAGGCGGAGUCUGAUGCGGAGCGGUGGCGGCAGGUGCUGAAACCAUUCGAGGAGAGCUGGUCCUGCAGCGACUGGCUGGCGGCGGGACGUCCCGCAACCGACUGCUCCUCCUGCCGCCAGACCAGCCGGGCCCUGGAGAUCGAGAACCUGGGUGAGCUCAAGUGCCUGAAGACCCCACCCCCCUCUGGCCCCGCCUCCCCUCAGAGCCCCCCGCCGGCCCCGGCCCCGGCCUCGGCCUCGGCCCUGGAGGCGUGGCUUCAGGCGGCGGUGCCGGUCCAGCAGUCGUGCCGGGCCAACGAGCCGUGCUCCAGCUACGCCCAGUGUGUGUGUGAAGAGAAUUGCGGCACCGGGGCGCUGAGCGCCUGGCUGUUGCGGCAGGAUGGUCGUGACAAGAACGGCGUCCUCCUCGACAAGAACAGCGUCCCGCUGGCGGCUAAGCCCGGCCCCGCCCUGCACCUCCGGGAGCAGCAGCAGAAGGUGCAGGCCAUCCUGCAGGCCUGGCUGCACCCCGGCAGGAGCCCCGCCCCGCCCCCGCCCCCGCCCUCCCAGAGCCCCGCCCUCUCCGACUGGGUGGCUCCUGAGGAGGAGAAGGCCAGCCGGGAGGAGCACAGCUCCCACUUCAAGCCCUCGGUGUUCCAGGCUCCUCUGGAGCCGGAGCGCUGGGUGGCUCCUGACAGGAGCCGCACCUGUGGCUCGGCAGGUGAGCCCCGCCCACUGCCUGAGGAGGACAAAUGGCUGCUGAGGAAGAGGAGCCAGGCUCAGGAGCGGCUGGCCCUGCCCACAGUGUGUGAUCUGUUCUCCUGCAUGAAGAUCGGAGCCGACAAGGACAAGUGGCUUCACAGCGCUCCAGUCCAGAUGUGACUGCAGUGUGUGGUUGCUGGUGUUUCAGUGGGUGGAGCCGCUGGCAGCUGGUCAGCGCUCACCGUCAGCCAAUCGCCUUCUCUGCUGCCGCCCGCCAGGCUCUCCUCCAAUCAGGAUCCAGAUCUGAUGCUGCCGUCAGGGCGGCGCUUCCUGCUUUCUCAGAAUUCUGUGAAUUUAUUUUCUUGAUUCCUAACAUUUAGAGUUCCCAUGUUAGAAUUAGAAGAGCUGGGGGCGGGGUUUAAUGUGUGGGUGGGCGGGGUUUAAUGUUACAUAUAUGGGGGUGGGGUCAAAUGUAUGGGUGGGCGGGGUCAAAGAUGCUAUAAAAAUAACAGAUAUUUAUUUUAAUCAAGCAUAUUUUAUCAUUUUAACUGCCACUUGUUUUUAGGCUGAUGUGUUUCCUCUUCCUGCUCGUCCUGUGACAUCAUCACAUCCUGUGACAUCAUCACGCCGUUAGUUUCUUCACAUUUUACUUCCUGUCAGAAUCAGAGCUGGUGGUCUGUUGUGUUUUAAUUGGUGCUGAGCUGUGAUUGGUCAGGGGCUGGGGUGGGAGGAGCUUCUGUCUGUCAAUAAAAACAAGUCCAGCUGACUCAG